GAGCCCGAAGCUGGGAUUUACGUAGCAAACGAUCUCUGUUCCUUCCUCGAACCCCAGAAUCUCACUUCUCAGAAAUUUCACUUUCACCGUGUAGUAAACUAAUUAACACGACGCGGAAUAGAUUACUAUAAAACAAGGCCCUGGCUUUUUGUUUAAAACAGAGAUCGAACUUUUUCAUGUCCUAUUAUCAAUUUCCAACGCAGUCUUCUUCGUCUUCGUCCCCUUACUCAUUGUUUCCCAUGUCAAUUUCUGGCAUUCAAGGCCAGCUUCUUGAGGUCACCAUCGUUGGGUGUAACAAGUUGAAAGAUACUGAAUGGAUUUCAAGGCAAGAUCCUUACGUUUGUAUUGAAUAUGCUAACUCCAAGUUCCGAACAAGAACGCAUACUGAAUCGAAUUUGGACUCGAACUGGACUGAAACUCAUGUUGAUUUAAUUGGUGUAGAUGGAGGUAAAAACCCCACAUUCCAAGAGAAAUUCGUGAUUCCUUUGAUUGAAGGGCUUAGGGUGAUCAAUGUUAAUGUCUGGAACAGCAACAGUGUCACAUAUGAUGACUUUAUUGGCGAGGGAAAAAUUCAACUUCAGAAGGUUCUGGAUCAGGGUUAUGAUGAUAGUACUUGGCCGCUUCAGACUAAACAUGGCAGAUAUGCAGGAGAAGUGCGGCUUAUAAUGCAUUACACAAAGCCUAACGCAAGUGCAAAGCCUAAUAAACCGGCAGCAGGCUAUGCCCCAUCUGCACCACCAUAUGGAGCACCACCUGCACCACAAGCUCAUUUGUACUCAACUCCCCCUCCAGCAUCUGCAUAUGCACCACCACCUCAAAUGUAUGCACAACCUCCACCAGCAGCCUACCCCGCUCCAUCUCCAUACCCUUCGUAUUCAUCUAAUCCUUCAUAUCCACCCAAUCCAGCUGGGUAUCCACCUAAUCCAGCACCAGGAGGCUAUCCACCAAACCCGUACGGUGCCCCUCCACAAGCUGCAUAUCCUCCUGCCCCAUACCCUCCAUCUUCAACAUAUCCUCCCCCUCCAUCAUCUACAUAUCCACCACCUCCACAAGCCUCAUCCUUUUACCCUCCACCUCAAGGUCCAUAUGGAAUUUAUCCUCCACCACCAUAUUGAGAUGCAGCUCCCAGGUAACCAAGUGAAGAAGCAACUGUGAAGAUUUAGUGAUAGCCUAGUGAAUCAUGUAAAGCUUCUGUUGAGUGGUGGUUGUUAGGCCAUGGAAUUUUAUGUUUCAUUGCAUAUAUGCGCACUUGACUUUUUCAAAGAGAUUGAUAGAUCUAUGAAAAAGUUUUAGUUCCCCUCUGCCUUUCUACUUCUAAUGGGAUGUGGAAGGCUUUAGUGUUGAGGCUGCUGGGAACAGAACCGGAUCAAUCUAGUCAAGUCAUCUAGGUUGCACAUGUAUAUUUGUUUUCUGCUAGAGUUUGAACAAGAUCGUACCUAAAGUUUUCUACCAGUAUUACUAAAGCUGUGGAUUAGUAUGUCUCGGGAUUACCGGAAUUUACCACCAAAUCUAUAUAUCUUAUAAAUUAUGUCAUUGCAGAAUUGAGAGUUGGUCUUCUCAACCUCAGACCCAGAAACAAACAAAAUGUUCUCAACCACUACACUGAUUGUUUGAAUGUUCUGUGUUCUCUGAAAAUUUUUCUUCAAGGGGUA